AUGGCUUCCCGAACCGCGACAAGGGCGCAGAAGGACGACGUUGGAGCGCAAGACGCUGCAGCAAAGCGCUGGAAGGAGCACCCAGUGUCUGGCACGACCCACACGCGUCUGUUGCCGCCCUCUGCGAAUUGGUACUGCUCAAAGAUCUGUGACUGGAGCGACAGCGACGUCUUUGGGCUGCUGUUCGCUUUUGGAGCAAAGAACAGUCUCUUCCUUUACCGCGUCGAAAGCAGCACACGGACUGAUGGGUCUGCAGUUGAAGGAUCAGGAGUGCAAGUCUCGUUCUUUGCGCACUUAGUGCGUGGGAAACGCGACCGUCGCGUGACGUCGGUGCAGUUUCUGAUGGACACGACGGAGGAGCUGCGUUUGGUGUGCGGCGGAGAAGAAGGCAGCGUGCAGAUUUGGGACGUGGCGUCGUUGACGUUGAUUGAGCAACAUCGGAAACACAAGGCGGAAGUGAUGGCGAUCGCCUCGUCUGCUGCGUUGGACGCCAACUUUGUCGUGGCAGGAGAUCGGCAGGGACGGAUUAGUGCGUGGAAACGGGAUGUCGGAAAAGUGUCGAUGUUCAUGCCAAUCUCAGGCGACGCGGUUCACUCGAUGGCUAUGUCGCCGCAUGACAAAUCAUUAGUUGCUGUGGGGUAUCGCAGUGGCAGGCUAUGCCUUGUGGACGUGGAUAAAGGUAUCGUUCGUCACCACCUUGCUGGUCACGACCAAGAAGUUCAAUGCGUUGCAUGGAAGCCGACAGUUGGGAUUCGUCACGUUAUAGAAGAAGAAAAGAAGGUUACUGAUGGUGUACUCUCUUCGUAUGAACAAGAAGUGUGGCUGGCUUCUUCAUCUCGGGACAAAACGAUUAAGGUGUGGAAAGUGUUUCUAAGUGCUGCGGAAGAACCGGGGUUAGAUCAGGUGCUUCGGCUUCCAACAGGAAAACAGGGUAUGUCAUUUUCCCAGACCAAGCAGAUCUGGUUGCCAAUAGCCUGGAGUUUAAGCUGUCCUCAGAAUCCAGCAGUCAAGCAUAAGCUGUGGUCAGGGUCUUUCGACGGCAGUUUGUUUUGUUGGGAAUGGAAUGCAUCUGAGACAAACACUCAGGAAAAGAAAGGAAAUAGUCGCUGGACACCGUGCAAACCUGUCGUAGUCAAAGGCGGUCAUAGUCGAAUGCUUUUCAGUAUUGAGAUGGUAGCUCCUCUGUAUAGUGCAUUGGGACAAAGCAGACCGGUGUUCAUGCUCACGGUUUCGCUCGACAGGGAAUUGCGACUGUGGAAUGAAAAUGCGUGCUUGGAAUCUCCGGCAGCAGCAACAUGUGUUGAGAGGAUGACCGGAUUAGGUGGUCAUGCUUACAGCGUCUCGUAUAAUGCAGCAACCGGUAUUGUAGCCGCAGGUGUUGGGGAUCAGACCAUUCGGCUUUGGAAUGUAGGUACUGAGUCUGCAUCGUCAUCGAGUGGCUAUGAGUGCGAUUUGUUGUGGAAAGGGUUGCAGAGUAAAAUUACCCGCGUUCAAUGGCAUCCGUUCCAGCAGUCGUUAUUAGCUUACGGCAUGGACGACGGGCGCAUUGGGAUCUACAACGUCCAGGCCAAAACAUACAGCUAUUUCCGCACAAAGCACGAUCAUGAGGUGAUACAGCUUCAAUGGAUUAUUCAAAAGCCGAAAAAGACUGGUGCUGUAAACGAUGUAGAGAGCGUUUUCCUCGCAAGUAUCCGACAGCUGGAAGCUGCGCAGGUUGAAGGCCAGAGCCUUGAAGAGGCACUGACCAUUCAAGAAGACCAGUCGGGGAAGCUGCUUGAUGGGGAUGAAUCAAAGAUUACGCUGUGGAGCUGCGAUAUUCGUGGUGCUAUCCUGGAAUCAGACGUCGACAAUGUUGGCCGAAAGUCCCGGGAGGUUGCCCUGAAUAGCACUGCAUUCGAUUGGGACGAGCAGUUUGGGCAGGUCGCUAUCGGUCAAGCUGAUGGUGUUGUGAAGGUGAUGGAUUGCAAUGACAUUGCGAACGGUAAAGGCAUCGCGACACGUUGCUUUCACGAGCAUUUGGAGCCUGUAACGUGUCUAUCGUGGGGUAACGGUCUUGGCGGGGCCUUAUUAGCCUCUGGAGACCAAGACGGCAAAAUAUUUAUCUACAGCUGUCAAAGAUCUUCUGUCUCGCAAGUAAGCGCUACAGCCGUUGCUAACUCAGACGAAUAUGUGCAUGAAGCUAGUCUUCUUGGAACCCUCACAGGUCACUUGAACAAAAUCUCCAAUUUAAGGUGGUGUGUCAACGAAGGUCAGUCUUUUUUAGCCUCAAGUUCGGCUGAUGGAACCGUGCAGGUAUGGAAUCCAGUGUCCCUACAAAGACGGGCAGUUUUUAGCCACCAUGUCGGCCGUGUCCUAUCUCUAGAAUGGGUAUCACCUUACAUGCUUAUUACAGGCGGCGAGGACCAAACGUUGCGUAUUUGGGAUUAUCGAGACCAACCUAAAGACACGUUGCCCAAACUGAGAAAGCAUGACAAGGUAAGGCAGCCUCAAGAGGUGGAAGCAUUGCCAUGCUCACCAUUCGCAGACCGAGCAGCCGUGGAGGCCUGUAGAGCCGAUACGGCUGGUCACAAAAUGUCGCAACAACCGUAUUUGACGGACAAGUGUAACUCGCAGGGUCUGGCUGACGUGCCGACUAGGAAGAUGACAACGGGGGUUUUCCAUUCGGAAAAGAAGCUCACUUCAGCCGAAAUCGCUUUGGCUUGUCGCAUUGUGAGCGGGGUGAAACAGGGUGAGUCUUGCAGACGUGUUACGGAUGGCACGGAUACACCAACAAACACGUUUCUCGCUCAUACGAAUCGCGUGGCGCUACGGUGUUUUUUCGAUUCGGAAACUGCCCGUUUUCGUGAAGAACAGGAGUGGGAAAGUCUUGCCAACACUUUGCUGUUACAGGGCAGAGUCGCCGACGCCCUACGAAUUGUAGCGAAGGCAAACGCUUUGACACCAACUUGGCUUUCGUACGCUCCAGCAGCUGGCAUGGAUGUAUGGCGAGAGAUGACGUCCGUGUACGCCCACGAACUCGCAGUCCAGGGCGAUAGGAAAGCGGCAGCGUUUCACUUCCUUAGUAUUGCAAAAGUUCGUUCUGCUGUCGCUUGUUUGGUAAGUGGUGACGCUUAUGAGGAGGCUCUAGCGCUUAUUCGAUCGAAAUUGGGACCCGGUGAUCCCCUCCUCCACGACACCUUGUGGAAAUACGCUGACUUUCUCACCAAGCGCGGUCGUCAUGGGAAAGCAGCACUGGCACUUUUAAAUAUUGGCUCCAUCAAGGCAAAGUCGAGGGCAGCUCGUACGCUCGUGAAUUCAGGUGACAUGACCUGUAUUGGUGCUGCCCUCGAUGUGCUUCUAGGUGCGGUGGAAUGUCAAACGGAAUCCGGCGGACUGUGUGAUACAGACCGUGAAAACGAUGUCACGCACUUUGCGUUCCCAGGGAGCUUUUUUAUCUCAAUCGCCGGCCAAGCUCUUGUGGAAUCUCGGUUUGACAUUGCGGAAACUGCAGGACAGCUGCUUCAAUCUUCGCUAGUGGGAGGCUUGUCACCAGCAUCACAUCGGUUAACAGCGUGCCUGCUUGGUAUCGUAAGAAUCAUGCAUCAGCAUAGGCUAGCUUAUUAUGUACCCGCCGAAGCGGAUGAGACAGCUACGGGUCACCUGACUGACGACCUGCUUCAGUUUGAUGCGCCACAAUGUGUUCGCGAAUUUUUUGGGUUCUUGACAAGGUCACGUGCAGACAUCACGGAUGAUGAAGAUCGUCUGUCUGAUCAGUUGAUAAACGCACACACUUUUCCAGAGCUCCUAAAAGGGACGCGAACGAGGCAUUGGUUUGCAAACCGGGCUGACCAUUUCUGGCUGCAAAUACUGAGUGUUUGUCGGAAGUGUGGAUACUGGUUCGAUGUCGGUGGGAAAAGUCGUGUUCAGGAAGCUCAGGAAGUUCUAAUUGAAGCGAGCUGCUUUAGUGAGAUCGAAACAGCUGUGGCAAAACUUGCGCGUAAACCGGGAGAUGACAUGAAUGUGUGGUCGCUACCACUUUGUCAGAAAUUGUUACGGUUCGUGGUCGAGGCAAUCAGUACAAGUUUCAUCGGUGCUUUGGAGCAUAUGCGAGAGAUGUUCUCGUUUUUGACACAAGGCGAGAUAGCAACGCCUUCAAGCAACGCAUCGUCAGCUUCUCAAGGAUGUCAAGAUUACUUCACUGGCGGUGUGCGCCUCGAUGUGAUGACACUGCUGUAUCCACGCGGUCUUGUGUCUCCAAAAGACCUACCACAGUGUGGUGAAAUUGUGGAGGGGCAGCUGGAUGCACUCAUUAUAUUGAGCUCAGUUUUUCUGUCGCGAUGCAGACUGCUUUUGCAAGCAACACCACUUCUUGAUAACGUCACAGCCAUUGAUGAAAAAAACGUGGGUUCUCUAGUUCCACCGGUAUUGCAUCAACUUCGCGUGUGGUUCUUACAUGACGAAGCAACGGCACCACUUGGUCGACAUGUGCUGGAUGCUGAGACUCGGUUGCAGUUACAAGCGCUACUCGAUGAAGUGUUCGUGGCAGUAUGUGGACAUACUAGUAGCCGAGAGAAAGACAAAGGCUGCUGUGCUGAUGAGCAGCAAGCCGGACUCAAUCAAGGUGAUGCGUGUCUAUUGAGAAAGCAGACUUUGCUCGAUGACAUCGAUGACAUCAAACAGCGUCUUACAUCGAACGAAGAUAGUGGCGAACAGUGA